AAUGACAUUGACGAUUUUUACCCAUUCGGUUAGUGAGAAUGAGCUUCGAAGAACUGUUUGUGAGUGAUUUUCCUCUCUACUGUGUCCUUGCUUUUGGUAAAGGAGAGUUUUGCGUUACUGGAGGUGGGGGAAAAUCAAAAACAGGAGUUCCAAAUGCUAUAGAGAUUCAUGCAUUGAACGAAGAUAGGGAUGGUGGUUUGGGUUCAAAGUGCAUAUUCCGACAUGACUUGGGGGAUGAUGUUAUCAUGAAUAUGGUCUCCAGCCCCAAUGACCUUUGCACCAUUGCUGCCGGCAUUGGCUCCUUCUGUCAGCUCCUGCAGAUCAAGAAAAAUGGACCUACAUCUGGCGGAAAAAUCUCCAGUAUAGUCGAGUUAUCGACCAGUGGAACAUUGUUUGUGAAGACAGUGGGCUCAGUGCGCAGUGACUUUGGUGAGAAGGAGUCAUACCAGAAGGUGGUGUGUUUCAGUCACGAUGGGUCCAGGUUCGUAACUGGUGGAAUGGACGGAAUAGUCAGAGUGUGGAAGACAUCCAAAUUGAAUGAGCUUCAUAAACUUCGUGGGCAUAAAGAUGAAAUCGAAGACAUUGCCUGUCAUCCAACCAAGCAGGAGGCUGUGAGUGUGUGUCGCGGUGGUGAGGCCAAUGUGUGGGAUGUAGCCAAUGGUAAGCAGCUGAAGCACUUCAACUGGGGCUCAGACAAAAAACCGAAGUACAGAUUUCGUUCUUGUUGUUUUUCCACCGCAUCAAAGAAUGAUACUGCUGCUUUGUUUACCAUUAACGUGCCGUCAAAAUGGGAGCGUCGAGUCAAGAGAGAUUGCUACCUCAUCAAGUGGAACCCUUCCACAUGGACCACAAUGGCCAUCAGCCGUGCUGGCAAAGAACUUCUGAGUGCUCUAGCUGUGAGCUCUUCUGGCACUAAGGUUGGUGUUGGCAGUACUGAAGGCAGUGUAGCCAUCUUCACCUCUGACCUAAAGCUCCUUCGAAGAGUUCCCAAAGUCCACUCCUUCUCAGUCACCAGCCUUUGUUUUGUGAGCAACAUGACUGGUCCACCAAGCAAGACAGGCUCUAAUGAGCUUCUAAUAAGUGUGUCGGCUGAUAGAAGCUGCUGUGUUACAAAGUGCAAAGAGAAAGGAAACACUUGCAAUUGGACCUUCACUUUCUUCUGUCUACUUCCAUUUGUAUUCUUUCUGUUGUCUAUGCUCGUACUUUUGACAGUGGUCAUCUAAGCGGUUGCUGUCUCCCCCAAGGAAAAUGUUAACUUAAUGUGAAAACCAAUUACAUGCAAUAAUCAAUCCAUAAGUUGAUCAAUCAAUUGAAUAAUUCUUCAAUUACAUGUAUCUGUUCAUAACAACUACCAAUGACUAAGUAUUUUGGAAGUGUGA